AUGGCAAAAAGUGUAUCUCCUCGAAACACGAGUCGAUCGAAGACUCUCGAUGAGGAAUCGACAUGCGUCUGUGACGUCGAAUCAGUCAGCAGGAGUGAAACAGGAAACGAAUCUCGAGAGUCGGACGACGAAUCAGAAAAAUCACAUAAUAAUAGGAAUAAAAAAUCCUUGUGGCAGACUAUUCUGGAAGAGUCGAAAGAAUCAGCACGUUUUUAUGAAAAAUGGCUAGACGAACGGAAUACUAACUCUUCGAAAAAUGUCAACUCACCUGCGAAUUAUCUCGACAGAGAAAUAUUUCCAAUUUUAUUAACAGCGCUGGAAAAAAUGUUAAACGAGGCUCGGAAUUUGGGUGUCCUUCGAGUGCAAAAAUCUCAUUUUAACGGCUUAGAUUAUCUGGCUGAAUAUCUUUGGAACAGCAAUCCGAAACGAUCAACUAAAACGAAGUGGCUGGACGUUUAUGAAAUUCCGCAAUUCAAACUUUUGAUGAAAUUGCACCCUCGACCUAUAUUUCCGAAAUCUUGGCUCUGGCCAACUGAUGAAGCUGCGACUCGAAUACAGCGUUAUGUUCGUGGUUGGCUUGUUCGAAAGCGAGAAGACGUGCAAGAAAUGCGUCAGUUUUGGAAAGUACGUAAUUUCUAA